AUGUUUCGUCCUACGCCGAUCACGGCGAUGGGAAAAGCCAGGCGACGAAGCGGACUUCUUCGCCCCGCAAUUACGAAGUCACCACGCAGCACAAGUGAGAAAAUACCUUCUUUCCUUCUGUUAAUCACAAUUAUUUCGAUUUCAGUUCGCCGCACAGUCCCAGGGUCGUCAGUCACCACACGGAUUGAUGCUCCGCUGCCGCCGACGUUCAAAACUGGUCGUUCAACGAUCGGAGUGCCCGGAGAUCUGAACGCAAGCAGAGCAAACUGCAGCAAAAGCACUGCUCUGAACACAAGCCGUCUACGUCCGUCGGUCAUCCCAACGCCUCGUUCAACAAGACACGCAGUCACAUCCGCAACUCGUCCUCCCGUGCCAUCUUCCAGCCAACGGACGAUCGGUCGAACGGCUUCCGUCACCAACCGCCAGCCGUCAGAAUUAGAGAAACUCAAGGAAAAAUUGUCGGAUUUGGAAGAGCAGUUGGCUGUGCAGAAGGGACAAAGUGAGAUGUUCAGAGACAUGAGUCAUAUGCAGAAGACCAUGUUGGAAACAUGCAAGAUAAAGCUGGAGAAGACGGAGAUGGAUCUCGUAGGGCAGAAGGAGAUGAAUAUCACGCUGAAGCAACAACUCGAGAUCACUACAGAGACGCUCCGGGAGAAAGAGAACAUUAUCAAAGAAGUCAGCAAUCAGCUCAAUCAAAAGGAGAUAACCCUCCGGAAGCUGCACAACGAUGUCGUCGACUUAAGGGUCAGUUUGAAGUGAACAAAGUUAGAUUCCAUUGAACAUUCUUGUUUCAGGGACAGAUCAGAGUUGCUGUUCGUGUCCGCCCACUGCUGAAGUCGGAGGAAUCAGCGAAUGCCAUCGAGUAUCCGGCCGUCAAUGCAGUCUCUGUGAUCACAGGAUCCAAGUCAUCGGGACAAUUCGACUUUGAAAAGGUGUUCACACCAGUUUUCUCGCAGAAGGAAGUUUUUGUGAACAUAGAAGACUUUAUCCUGGUAAGCAAUCAUACAAACCAUUAUUAGAUUGAAACGUUAACUCUUUCUAGUCCGCACUGCACGGCUAUAACGUCGGAUUGGUCGCCUUCGGACAGACUGGAAGCGGAAAGACGCACACGAUGAGAGGAGGAGAAGCCGAAGAAGAAGGCGUCAUUCCACGUUCCGGAGCUUUCCUGUUCAACGAGGCGCAAAGACUGGCAGCCACCGGAUGGGCGUUCGAAUUCACGCUCUCAUUUCUAGAAAUCUACAAUAACGAGGCAUACGACCUUCUGAACAACCACAAACCGAUCAAACUGCGGCUCGGCAAUAAGGACGUGGCACUGGAUGGACUCUCGGAGCAUCCACUCACGAGGCUCGUAGAUCUGGCAGAGUACCUCCGUCGAGCAGACAACAACAGGAAGACGGCAGCCACGAAGUGCAAUCAGCACUCAUCGCGAUCCCACGCCAUCUAUAUGUGGAACAUCAAGGCCCAUCAGGAAUCAACAGGUAGACCGAACUUUACUUUUCUAUCCAAACUAUAUUCUGCAGGCAUCUCGACGACGUCGGUACUGAAGUUAGUGGAUUUGGCCGGAUCGGAACGUGCGAAGGAAUCGGGAGUCACUGGACAGCAGUUCUCGGAGAUGACGGCCAUUAACACAUCACUUUCCGUCCUUCAGAAGUGCAUCGGACUGCAGAAGUCGAAGGCAAAACACGUGCCGUACCGCGAGUCGAAGCUGACGCAAGUGCUCAUGGACUGUCUCGGCCGUGGAAACUCGAAGACGAUGGUCAUCGUCAACAUCAAUCCUUGCGGGGAACAGUCGCAGGAAUCGAAGCGGAGCAUCGAGUUUGCUGCUAGAAUGCGAGACACCCACAUCGGAUCUGCGGUGCAGCAGCGGGACCUGUAA